UUGUUUUCGUUUCCUCGGAAAGAUGAUCCGAUUUUUAGCCAAGAAUAUGUUGUGGUGGUUAGCCACUCUGGGUCACAGCGUUUCCGUCAAACAGGAAAGAGAAAGCAGAAGGCAGAGUGAAAGUCUGCGCUCAAGACACUCCAUGUCGCAUUCGACUGGAGGCAGCCGAGUGGUCGAAUACACUUGCUUGAUAAUUUUCCUCAUGGACGCCAACGCAACCCUGGGCAACCUGAGCUGCUCCCGCGACAAUGUCCUCAAGACGGUGGUUUUCCCAGUCCUCUACUCGAUCCUGUUCCUUGCCGGACUGGCGCUCAACGGCUUGGCGGUGUGGGUGUUCCUGCGCAUCCCGUCGCGCUCCCAUUUCGUCAUCUACCUCAAGAACGUCGUGGUCGCCGACGUCGUCAUGACCCUCACGUUCCCUUUCAAGGUGUUAGCAGACUCCAAUAUGGCUUCUACCGGCCUGAGAAUAUUCGUGUGCCGGGUUUCCUCGGUUCUCUUCUACCUUACCAUGUACAUCAGCAUCCUCUUCUUCGGACUGAUCAGCAUCGACCGCUGUAGGAAGACCCUGGCACCGUUCAGGGGUACCAACGCUAAGCGGUUGGCCCUCAGGAAGCUUCUCUCCGCCGCGGUGUGGAUCGUCCUUCUGGGGUUCUGCCUUCCCAAUGUGAUCCUGACCAAUAAGACGCCGCGGUCGGCGUAUUUCAAGUGCAGCGACCUAAAGGGCCCGGCUGGACUUUACUGGCACGAGGUGGUCAAUCACGUGUGUCAGGUUAUCUUCUGGGGGAACCUCCUGAUUGUGAUCGUGUGCUACACGUUAAUCACCAAAGAGCUGUACAAAUCGUAUUCACGCACCAAAACUCGAGGCCCCGAUGGGGGAGCCGGGGCUUCGGCCAAACAGAAGCAGCAGCCCAAAAGGAAGAUGAACACCAACGUCUUCCUGGUCCUGGCCGUGUUCUUCGUGUGCUUCGUGCCGUUCCAUUUCGCCCGUGUGCCUUACACAAUGAGCCAGACUCGGGAUCUUCUCUUCCACUGCCAACUCAAGCUCUUCUUCUUCCAGCUGAAGGAAAGCACGCUCUUCCUGUCGUCGCUCAACUCACUUCUGGACCCGCUCAUUUACUUUUUUCUCUGCAAGUCCUUUCGGACCACCUUGUUCAAAAUGUUCAGGCUGCCCCCCGGCACCUGCAGCUGGCUGCUCGAGAGGGGCUCGGAUUCAGAUUCUGGCAGCACCACCCUCUGAAACGUGAUGGACUGUCAGGUGACAAGGGACUCGAAGCACCUGAAUUUCAAUAUUUCUUCACGCCUAUGUCGAUGUUAGAUUUGUAAUCCGCUUCUUUGUGCCUCCAUGUCGAUGAAAUCUGGCUCGUUAAGUCUAGUCAAGGUUAUUUGUGUAGCCCUUAAUUAGAAAGGACUCUUAAAGACUUCACAACUAGUUCAGUCAAUUCAUCAGUCAAAGUUGCCUCAAUGGCUCCAUGACAUGAUUAACCAAUACACUGUACACACCUCUGAAGAUCAAACUAUGAAUUGAUUAUUGUUGUUAUGACACCUAUCCAUAUAUUGCAGGUAGUCUUUUUUUUUGCACUAUGCUGACUAUUCAACAUUAAAAAUGUGAUUUGAUUGUAUUUUUUUAAUUGUAGUUCAUAGAACACUUGUUGAUGUUAUUUUUUUUGUAAACAGUUGUUUCAACAUUUUUAAAGGUCAUAUGUUGACUUUUGCUGUGAAUAACACGAUCAAUAAAGUUUGAUUGAGUCACUAAUUGAAA